CGGCGAAGGGACUGCUGGGAAGGCCGGCGGGAUGGAGGCGGCGGGACCGACUCACGGCUGCCGGUCCGAGUGAAGCGGGGCGGGAGCCGGAACCUGAGCAGGAGCCCGGCGGGAGCGGGAGGCGCAGGCCCGGCACCCGCCUGCCCGCCUCCUCGCCUUUACAGGCGGCACAGCCAUGGCUACGAUGGUGCUUCCGCGGGAGGAGAAGCUGAGCCAGGAUGAGAUCGUGCUGGGCACCAAGGCCGUCAUCCAAGGCCUGGAGACCCUGCGCGGGGAGCAUCGCGCCCUCCUCGCUCCCCUGGUAGCACAUGAAGCCGGCGAAGCAGAGCCCGGCUCACAGGAGCGCUGUGUUCUCCUUCGUCGCUCCCUAGAAGCCAUCGAGCUGGGUCUGGGGGAGGCCCAGGAGGAGAAGGGGGACGUCCCCAAAGACUCUCUGGAUGACCUGUUCCCCAACGAGGAGGAGCAGAGCCCAGCUCCCAGCCCUGGAGGAGGGGAUGUGGCUGCCCAGCACGGGGGCUAUGAAAUCCCAGCACGGCUCCGCACCCUGCACAACUUGGUGAUUCAGUAUGCCUCCCAGGGCCGCUACGAGGUGGCCGUGCCACUCUGCAAGCAGGCGCUCGAGGACCUGGAAAAGACAUCGGGCCAUGACCACCCUGAUGUUGCCACCAUGCUGAACAUCCUGGCUUUGGUCUAUCGGGACCAGAACAAAUACAAAGAGGCUGCCCACUUGCUCAACGAUGCCCUGGCCAUCCGUGAAAAGACCCUGGGCAAGGACCACCCAGCUGUGGCUGCAACAUUAAACAACCUGGCAGUUCUAUAUGGCAAGCGGGGCAAGUACAAGGAGGCCGAGCCACUGUGCAAGCGGGCGCUGGAAAUCCGGGAGAAGGUCCUGGGCAAGUUUCAUCCAGAUGUGGCCAAGCAGCUGAGCAACCUGGCCCUGCUGUGCCAGAACCAGGGCAAAGCGGAGGAGGUCGAGUACUACUACCGGCGGGCACUGGAGAUCUAUGCCACGCGCCUCGGGCCUGACGACCCCAACGUGGCCAAAACCAAGAACAACCUGGCCUCCUGCUACCUGAAACAGGGCAAGUACCAGGAUGCAGAGAUCUUGUACAAGGAGAUCCUCACGCGGGCUCACGAGAAGGAGUUUGGCUCUGUCAAUGGGGACAACAAGCCCAUCUGGAUGCACGCAGAAGAACGGGAGGAGAGCAAGGACAAGCGCCGGGAUAGCACGCCCUAUGGGGAAUAUGGCAGCUGGUACAAGGCCUGUAAAGUAGACAGCCCCACAGUCAACACUACCCUGCGCAGCUUGGGGGCCCUGUACCGGCGCCAGGGCAAGCUAGAAGCUGCACAUACACUGGAGGACUGUGCCAGCCGGAGCCGCAAGCAGGGCCUGGACCCUGCAAGCCAGACCAAGGUGGUGGAACUACUGAAAGAUAGCAGCACUGGGCGGGGAGACCGACGGGGCAGCCGAGAUGUGGCCGGGGGCGCCGGGGCUCGGCCUGAGGAACUCGAGGAGGCGGGGCCUGCCGCUGAGUGGAGCGGGGACGGCAGUGGCUCCUUGCGGCGCAGUGGCUCCUUUGGGAAGCUCCGAGAUGCCCUGCGGCGGAGCAGUGAGAUGCUGGUAAAGAAGCUGCAGGGUGGCGGCCCCCAGGAGCCUCCUAAUCCCAGGAUGAAGCGGGCUAGUUCCCUCAACUUCCUCAACAAGAGUGUGGAAGAGCCUGUCCAGCCUGGAGGCACAGGUUUCUCUGACAGCCGCACCCUCAGCUCCAGCUCCAUGGACCUCUCCCGACGAAGCUCCCUCGUGGGCUAAUCCUGAAGGGGCACCCAGUUGCCAGAGCCUCCACCCGGCACUGUCCCCAUCCCCAGCCCUUCGCAUGGGCCUGCUGCUUGCCCCACGUGUCUUUCCCGACCACCCCUGUCUUUUCUGUUCAAUCUCAGGGUAACCUCCCUUGUCAUCUCAGCCCUAAGCCCUGGAGGCUGGGCCUGUCCGCUCCAGCUCUACCCCCUUAUUUAUUCCAUCCAGCAGGGCCCCCUCUUCCUUAGGUUCAGGGCCAGCGAAAGGGGCUGGCCAGGGUCUCCAAGGAGGAGACUCAGCGGCCCGCCCGCCCCAGGCCCCCGAGACAAGAACACUGAUCCCCUGCCGUCCCUUCAGCACCCCUGCCCUUCUCCCGCCCCGGCCGUUGCUUCUGUAUAUAGAGAAAUAAGUUAUUGGCCGCACCCCUCCCCUCAGUCCACGGUACUCCCGGGUUCUCCCCUCACCCUGUCCUUCUCUAGUGGUACCGCCCAGGCCUUAAUCACCCCCAUUCCGCGCGGUGGUAUCGCCCAAGCUCUACAUCUAUGGGAGUGAAGGGGGGGCAGCGCCUCCCCCAAAGAGUUCCCUGGGCCUUCUCGCGCUCCUCCCUGCCUCUGAGGGGCGCGUUGAGCCCCACCAUUGCCCCGUGCCCCUGGACGGAGAGCCCUCCCCUUGCCCGUCCUUUUCACCGCCGGGCCCUGCCCAGCAUCCCGGCCUAUGCACUGCCCCUCCCGCCCGGCCCCGCCCAGGCACGGCCUGACCCCGCCCCGGGCACCGCCCUUCGAGCCAUCCUGCCACGCCUCCUCCCACGCCUGCAGCUUCUCGCGAGGGGCAAUGAUGAACCCCCGUGGCAGGAGGGGCUGUCCCUGUUGGGGGUGAGGCGGUCGCUUUCUAUUUUCAAAUGUUGCUGUAGAAAUAAAGAUCGUUUGAAUCUGA